UCGUCCUGUGCGGGACAUUAUACUCUCCCAACAGGAAGUUAAUAUUUACGCCGAUAGAUGUCGUGUUCGCGCCAGAAUAAUCAAGUAGAAGAGUUUUCAGGGAAGAUUUUUAGAAAAGAAUGAAGUGAUUCACAAAGCACCACAGUGAUGGCAGGAUUUGAAAGAGAAUUUAUCAUUCACCUGCAGAGUGUCGGUGAGCAUAAUGUAAAUGGCUUGCUAAAAGAAGACCCUGUUAACAAAGGGAAGAAAGAGGUGCAUAACAGUGUGUAUGGAAGAUUGAUGAAAAAAUACAGAAAACAAUGGUGGGGUUCUGGUCCAGCAAAAAAGAAGAGAAAGACUGAUGCACAAGAAACCAAGAAAGAAGAAGAUGGAAUCACUGCAAGCAAGGAGGAGGAACAUUGGGUAGAAAAUAAUCAGUCUUCAUGGUCUCAAUUCCAUUCUGGGAGUUGUACCACAAAUUCUACGGGUGUUCUAGAAGAAUCAAGGAAGUACAAUUCUUCAUUGAUGAACAGUGAAACACAUUGUACUGAUUUCCCAAUAACAGGUAUAGUACAAGAGUUUCCUGGAAAUCGUGACAAUGGAAAUUCUCCUUUCAAUAGCAGCAACAGUUGCGGUUCUCCUGAAGAUAUAACUAGUCAAGAACAGUCUCAGGUCCUAGGAAAGCAAGUGAGUGCAUCUUUCCUAACAGAUACUCAGUUGUGUGAACAAAAUAACAAUUCCCAAAACCUUGGGUGCGUUUGCAAGGACAACAUACAUUGGACAGAAUCUCAGAUACCAAAAGUGCCUGAUUCACCUCAACCGGAAAUAGGGGCCACUACGGAAAUUCCCUCUGAAUGUGAAGAGGUGAAACCAAAGAUUUCAGAUGAAACCAAAAGUGAUCAGUGUGUUAAAAGUGAGCAUGAUGAAUGUAAAAAUCUAGUGUGUGAACAAACACACGAAUCUCUGGUUGUGGCUGAACCAAAGCUCUCAAACUUUGAGGAGGAUGAAAAAGUCAAUGACAAUCUAACAAUAAAAGCUAGAACUUCUUCCCGUCGAAAAUCUGUAUUAACUCCAAUUGCAUGGCAGCAGCAGUUUAUGUCAUUCUUGUCCACUACUCAGGAAGAGGAGUCCUUUGUAUCAGAUGAUCCAGACUUUGUGUGUCAUGUAGAUAUAUCCCCCGCUAAAAUCUCACGGAGACAGAGGUCUCGCAAUGUUCGGAAUAGCAGCUGUUCAUGUUGCAUUGAUGCAGAGAGUCACAAUAAGAAAGAAAAACAGUCCCGCCAACGAGAAAAAAAACUUUUGAGAGAGCAGAAACAUUUCAUUCAAGACAUGUUGCGUUUGGUAUCACUAAGAAAUAAAAUUGUGAAACUCAUUCAAACUUUACUUCCUGAAGAUUUAAAACAUUUUGUGAAGGCAGAAACGGAGAGCUUGGAUGAAGUUGUAGAAUUUAUCUUACAUAUUCUUCGUUCGAGUGGGAAAGAAAAAGACAUUGAGCCAGAAGAAUCUCCGUCAUCAAGAGCGUGUUCUCCAAACAGGUCCCAAGAUGAAGAAGACUUUGUGGAUGAAGAAAUGCCUGUGUUGGAGAAUUGUACAGCCUACGUAUCCAACAUACCGUCCUCUCCUCCAGCUUCUAAGUUUCAAAGUUUGUCUGAUUCAGGUAUCGUCCAGGACCAGUCUUUCACCUGUGAAGCAACUUGUGAGACUAUUUCUGUCAGUGUUGAUUUUUCGGAUGAUCAGACCAAUACUUAUGAACAUGUUCUGGACAGGAACAUAGUUGCUCCCAAUCAUUCUCUGUAUCUGGGUACAGAGCUGGCCAAGGAUAAAGAGCCUGGUACUGGAAUUGAUAAAGAGACUGGAACUGAAAUUGAUAAAGAGACUGGUACUGAAAUUAUUCCAGAUGGGACUCAUAUGAUGAUUGAUGAGGAUGACCCUGAAGGAGAGACUUCUCAGGAAAAUGCGAGCUGUGCCAAUGAAGUUGAGAAAGAGACAAUAUCCACGGAAGGUACUGAAGAGACACAAGUUAACAAACUAUCUGUGAGUAAAAGUGCUCCCUUCCAUGUUUCAGAAGAAACAAGUGCUAAUAGCCAGGAGGGAAACAAUGGUGCAAGUGUGAUUCAGGACCAAGGUGACAGUGAUAGAAGCAACGACGAAGUUACAACUUCCGAUAAUUCAGCAAAUGUACAGGGAAAUGACGUUCAGGUUCUUGACAAACUAGCCAGUGUUCUCUACAACAGUGACUUGAAGCACAGCCUCUCCUCUAGAUCUGACCCAAUAAUGGGUUUGCUGGCAGGUAAGACUUGCGAAGAAACUUCUGGAAGGAAUAGUGAAAGUGCAAUACAAAAUUCCACACCAGUGGUGAACUCUCCAUCAGAUGAAUUAACUUACGAUGUGACAUCCCCAAUGACUAGUGCGGCUCGUACAGAUCGGUCAAAAGACAAAGUCAUUGAUGUGUUUGAACCUUCCAUUGUUUUGUGUAAAAAGCCCAAGAAGUGUUUGAAGUUGUUUAUGAAGAGAAUUCACUCCCUCCUUCACAGGCUUCUACCAGGGGUUCAUUUUGAGCAUCAUUUCUUUAGGAAUUCCAACAAUUUGGAGUACUUGUUAGAUGCUAUCAUUCAAAGCAAUCAAGAAAAUCUUUCUGUGGAAGUAUGAUGUAUGUUGAGAUCAUUUAGUAAUAAUUGUUCAUUCAGUUUUGUAUUUGUACAGUAUUUGUUGGACGACACCAUCCAAAUGUUAGGCUAAAUGACCAUUUUUCUACAAUAACCACCUUGAUUACUUUAUUUAUUGAAAAAUGUCAAUUACUCAUGGAUUUUGGUGUACAUUGUAAUUGUUGAGUCUGACUUGUACACGUGUUCUUGCCAAAGCCAUCAAAUGGCCAUGUUGUUUUGCUUGUGUCUUUCAUUGUAUAGUGGUGAAUGCUGUUGGCAAAUGAAAUACCUAUGGUUCAAUCAUGUUUCAUUAAUAGAUCUAUUUUUUCAUCAUAUGUUGUCUAAGUGUUUUUUUUUUUUACAAUCACUUAACUUUUUUGUACCAAAUUAUGAAAGCAUUGUCUAGUGUCCAUUUUC